AUGUUCCACCCGCUGCAGUGGAGGCCGCCCGCCAGCAUCUAUUCCUACUGCGCCCGCUCGGCCCCCUGGGAGGGCCGGCCGGGGCCCGCGCCGGCCCUGCGGAGCCGCUACCAGUGGCUGCUGGGCUGGUUCCAGAAGGAGCCCGGGAAAUGCCCCGGCCCAAAGAGCCUCCUGUCGCUCCUGGCCAGUCAGUGCAGCUACGUGACCGGCCAGCGGGUGCGGCGGGCCCAGCAGAUCGGGCAGCUCUACGGGAACAUCUACUCGGAGCGGGCGCGCUGGAGCCUUUUCAGCGGCCUGUGGCGCAGGUUCCAGGCCCGGCACGCCAGCGCCUGUAAGCUGAUGGCCGCCUUCACCGGGGUCUUCCUGUGGGAAGAGGAACGGAUCCAAGAGGAGGAGUUGCGAAGGUCUGCAGAGGAGAUGAAGCACAUGGAGGAAGUCUCCAGGCUGUUCCAUAGCAGCGGGGGAGAGCACCAGAAGCUGGGUCCCAAAACCCAUGUGGAUAUAACAGCCACUCGCGAGGAGCAUCCCUGGGAGAUGGUGAUGGACAAGAAACACUUCAAGCUGUGGAGGCGUCCAAUAGAAGGGACCCACCUGUAUCAGUACAGAGUGUUUGGGACAUAUACAGAUGUGACUCCCAGGCAGUUCUUCAAUGUGCAGCUGGACACUGAGUACAGGAAGAAGUGGGAUUCACUGGUCAUCAAACUGGAUGUGGUUGAGAGAGACCUGACCACUGGCUCGGAGGUGGUUCACUGGGUAACUCACUUCCCGUACCCGAUGUAUUCACGGGACUACGUUUAUGUUCGGCGGUACAACGUGGACCGGGAAAACAAUCUGAUGGUGCUGGUGUCACGAGCGGUGGAGCACCCAGGCAUCCCAGAAGAUCCCGAGUUCGUGCGGGUCCGAACCUAUGAAUCCCAGAUGGUUAUCCGACCACACAAGACAUUUGAUGAGAACGGCUUUGAUUACCUGCUGACGUACAGCGACAAUCCACAGACAGUGUUCCCGCGCUACUGUGUCAGCUGGAUGGUCUCUAGUGGCAUGCCAGACUUCCUGGAGAAACUGCACACAGCGGCUCUGAAAGCGAAGCGAAUGGAGAUCGAAGUGCGGGACUACAUCUCUGCCAAACCCAUUGAAAACAGCAGCAGCAGCGGUGAGGGGAAGGCGAGCAUGCCUGGUGCAGAGCACAAGAGCGAAGACACCCACAGCCCUGCGCAGCUCGAGUACGCCUAAGGGCUGGCUGUGCCUCCUGCAUCAGCACCCUAGCCUCUGCUCCUGGAUCCACGGAGCAGGGCCGAUGGGGCGCUGUGACGUCAGUGUAGCCACUGGACCCUAGUUCAGCUAUUCUUCUUUUGACUCCAGACCCCUCCUCGCCUCUGUCUUUUGCUGCAUGUGGGGAGAGGGGUCUCUCCCCUGUGUGAGCCUUGUUCCGAGCGAGGCCUGGCCAUUGAAACACAACGUUGUGUAA